AAUCAUGUCCGAGCGUAAGAAAAUAUACAGCAAUGGCGGACGAGGUGAUCCUACUGAGUUACUGGCCGAGUUUCUUCGGGAUGAGGACGAGGAUCGCUUUGGAGGAGAAAGGAGUGAAGUACGAGUACCGAUCUGAAGAUCCCUGGAACAAGAGCGAGUUAUUGACCCGGAUGAACCCGGUUCACAAAACCAUUCCGGUUUUGAUCCACAACGGUAAACCGGUCUGCGAGUCUCUCGUUCAGGUCGAGUACGUGGACGAGGUCUGGUCCGACAAGGCCCCGAUCUUGCCCUCUGAUCCUUACCAGAGAGCUCAGGCCAGGUUCUGGGCUGAUUUCGCCGACAAGAAGCUUUACGAGGCAUCGAAAGGGGUAUGGAUGAAGAAGGGAGAGGAACAAGAGGCGGCGAAGAAGGAGUUCAUACAAGUGCUCAAGACUCUCGAAUCAGAGCUCGGAGACAAACCCUAUUUCGGCGGCCAGACAUUCGGGUACGUGGACAUAGCCAUAAUCGGAUUCUACAGCUGGUUCCACACCUACGAGGUGUACGGGAACUUCAGCAUCGAAGCUGAGUGUCCGAGGUUCGUGGAAUGGGCCAAGAGGUGUUUGCAGAGAGACAGCGUGGCCAAGUCGCUUCCCGACCCCAAGGAGGUUCCAGCCUUCGCGGAGAUGCUCAAGAAGAUGUUCGGUCUCGACUAAGACCAUAAAAGAUCUGUUGUUCGUUGUGAUCUUUGCUUUGAUGAUUAUUUGGUUAAAAGAAUAAGCUAUGUUUUUUUGUUUGUUUAAUGUCGUGAUUGUUGUUGUAACGUUUGCAACGGAAAUAAAAUAAAAUUAAGCUUAAUAUUUA